UUCCACGAGGACCUUUAGUUUUUUAAGCCGUCUAAGGCAAAGAUCGUGUGGCUGUGCCCCUCUGGUCUCCAGCAGAUCGCGUUUCUGUUUCUGAUGUGUGAUUGGAAAGAUAUACGCUCUCGUUGAUCGUUGUAAACAAAGAACGUGUACUCGUGCUGACUGACGGGAGUAACAUGCCGGAAAGAGGAUGCAAAAGAAGGGAAAGCAUCAAAGAAAACAAAAACCAACCAGUUCCAGCAAGUACAGAUGAACCAGUUGUGAACCGGAUGGAAAAGACUUUUACCACUAUGAAGCAGCCCAAAAGACGCCAGAGCAUUGACAGUGGGGACAAAAGCUUCACAUGUGAUCAGUGUGGAAAGACUUUCACCCGGCAUAGUUGUUUAAAACAACAUCAGCUCAUCCACACUGGAUUUAAACCAUUCAGCUGUGAUCGGUGUGGAAAGGCUUUUACUCAGAAUUCCAACUUAAAAAGACAUCAGCUCGUCCACACUGGAUUUAAACCAUUCAGCUGUAAUCAGUGUGGAAAGAGUUUCACCAAGAGUGAUGGCUUAAAAAAACACAACCUCAUUCACACUGGAUUUAAACCAUUCAGCUGUGAUCAGUGUGGAAAAGCUUUUACUCAGAAUGCCAACUUAAAAAAACAUCAGCUCAUUCACGCUGGAUUUAAACCGUUCAGGUGUGAUCAGUGGGGAAAGUCUUUCACUUCCAAAAGUAACUUAAAAGGACAUCAGGUCAUCCACACUGGAUUUAAACCAUUCACCUGUGAUCAGUGUGGAAAGUCUUUCACGUCCAAAGGUAACUUAAAAGGACAUCAGGUCAUCCACACUGGAUUUAAACCAUUCAGCUGUGAUCAAUGUGGCAGGACUUUCACUCAGAGUGGCAGCUUAAAAAAACAUCAGGUCAUCCACACUGGAUUUAAACCAUUCAGCUGUGAUCAGUGUGGAAAGUCUUUCACUUCUAAAGGUAACUUAAAAGGACAUCAGGUCAUCCACACUGGAUUUAAACCAUUCAGCUGUGAUCAGUGUGGAAAGUCUUUCACUUCUAAAGGUAACUUAAAAGGACAUCAGCUCAUCCACACUGGAUUUAAACCAUUCAGCUGUGGUCAGUGUGGAAAGACCUUUACUCAGAAUUGCAGCUUACAAAAACAUCAGCUUAUCCACACUGGAUUUAAACCAUUCAGCUGUGAUCAGUGUGGAAAGACCUUUACUCAGAAUUGCAGCUUACAAAAACAUCAGCUUAUCCACACUGGAUUUAAACCAUUCAGCUGUGGUCAGUGUGGAAAGACCUUUACUCAGGAUUGCAGCUUACAAAAACAUCAGCUUAUCCACACUGGAUUUAAACCAUUCAGCUGUGAUCAGUGUGGAAAGGCUUUUACUCAGAAUGGUCACUUACAAAAACAUCAGGUCAUCCACACUGGAUUUAAACCAUACAGUUGUGAUCAGUGUGGAAAGACCUUUACUCAGGAUGGCAGCUUACAAAAACAUCAGCUUAUCCACACUGGAUUUAAACCAUUCAGCUGUGAUCAGUGUGGAAAGACUUUUGCACUCAAGAAUAGGUUAAUAAAUCAUCAACUGAUCCCCCCAAUCAACCAUCCAUCUUCUUUCGCUUUAUCCGGGGCUGGAUCGCGGGCUGGAUCGCGGGGAACACCAAGGCGUUCCCAGGCCAGCCGAGAGAUAUAA